CCUGGGAUUUGAACGGUUUAUAACGAAAUCCGAACAGAAGAUGUGAGGAACUGUAUGCCAGGCGAUAAACCCAUGUAACGAGGGAACCAGCCCUGAUGCUAUUCACCCCACAGGUUUUAAUCGCACAGAAUUAUUGGACAGGCAUUUAACCAAGGUACACUUUCAGCCUACGCAGAAAAAUAGCCGCCCAGAAGUCAGAUUAUCGGAAGAGUUACUCACGGCAGAUGAAGCCUGAAAUCCUUUAACCUGCUGCGCGAACAACGCCGAGAAGUCCGUUGCCACUUUUGAUGCUAGGUGUGGUUUUGUCAUAACAAAUGGAACAUAUAUCUUGCUCGGUUUUAUAAUGAUGCCGUUUUAAAAUAUUGUCAUAUCCGUUCCUAAAAGUCAGGCAAGAUGGUUUGGUUUUCACCAGUCUGUUUCCUCUUCCUGUAUUCACUAGGCGACGUUUGCGGGGCGUCCGAGGAGUGGGAUCUGUUAGAGAAGUUAUUGAAUGGUUAUGACACUGCUGUGCGGCCAGUUUCUGAAGUGUCCGACGUGCUCAACUUUACCAUGGACGUCUCCCUCAACCAGGUCAUCGAUGUGGACGAAAGAAACCAAAUAAUAAAGCUGAACAUCUGGAUGAGAUGGUACUGGGUUGACAGCUAUCUAAAGUGGAACUCUUCUGAGUAUGGAGGGAUAAAAGACGUGUAUAUUCAACCCAAACGGAUCUGGAUUCCUGAUGUAACCCUGUAUAACAGUGUCAGUACAACAGAUCACGGAUGGCCUUCGCACUACAACGCAAAAAUUCACUACGACGGAAGUGUGACGUAUCUUUUCCCGGCAUACCUUGAGGCCUCGUGUAAGAUUGACGUCACGCAUUUCCCUUUCGACACACAGAGCUGUGUGCUGACAUUUGGCUCGUGGGCUUACUCCGGUGCCCAACUGGAUAUGUAUCCAUACGCGCCUUUGGGAAACUGGGAAAACUUUGUGGAAAAUGGGGAAUGGGAAUUACUAAGCAUCCCAAGCAGGAGAAAUGUGAAAUAUUACCCAUGCUGCCCAGAGCCGUUUCCGGAUGUGAAGUUUACAAUUGUACUAAAGCGACUUCCGCUGUAUCAUGUGUACAACUUGCUCAUGCCGUGUAUUCUCAUCACGUGCAUCAAUCUGUUCACUUUUCUACUUCCGGUGGAGUCUGGAGAGAAGAUUUCUCUGAAUGUAACUGUUCUGCUAACAAUGGUUGUGUUCCUGCUGAUCGUCGCUGAGAUCAUGCCGCCCCAGUCAGAGGUCAUUCCUAUCAUAGGCAUGUAUUUUGGGGUAUGUAUCGUUCUCCUCAGCCUCGGUACUCUGGCCAGCGUGUUUGUGAUCCAUCUCCACUUCCGGGGGUCACGUGGUCGCCUCGUGCCCUCAUGGCUCAAGUGUAUCUUCCGAUGGCUAGGAUUUAUCACGUGUUACAGAGAGACGCUGGCGGUGGCAAAUUUCCGGCCAGAUAGCAAGAGUGGUGACUGCCAUACCGUCAAACCCCAAACCUAUGAAUUCAAAGACCCCGGCAUGAAAGCAGGAAAAGGCGAAAUGAAUGGACAUUACGUACCGGAAGUGGAAAUACAGGCCCCUGGCGACAAAAGGGAGGCAACUGCCGAAAAGGAGUGGGUAACCGUGGCGCUAAUCCUGGAUCGUGUGUUCUUCUUUCUGUUUCUUAUCAGCACGGGAACAAUUACAGGAUAUGUGCUAUCGUAUUUAUAAUUGAUUUGUCAUGCGCAUGCGUGGAUUCGUGAAUGGCACUUUGACGAUGUAUUUGACACCCGUUAUAGGACGGAAGUUUUCCUGUUAAAUCAAUCGUAAGUUCAUUGAUUUCUCAAUCGUUCCGAUUUGGAAAGUACUUUUCGUGACAUAAGGUGACAUUUUAUGUUGUGAUUCUUUGUUUACAAUUGCCAAGAAAAAGAUACCGCUGCACGACUGAAGAGACUUGGGUUAGGCUUGGGAAUUCAGGUACGUUUUCAAAAAACCGACCAGAUGCAACCAACGUGUAAAACAACAUGGCUUACGAGUCAUGAAAUUCAAGAAUCCAGUAUGAGAAUGAAAUGACAUUUAGUGGAGAGGAUACCAUUCCAAAUGUUUGAAAUUUAAAAAAAAAGAGUUUGGCCACAUCAUGUUUUUGCACAUGAUCGGAAUUUUCUUCGCUUCAGAGCGUGUUAUGAAGCAUUCUAUCUGUUGUUGCCAAUUGUUGUGCGUGUUUGUUGUCGUGCGUGCGUUGUUAAACUUACAAGUGAGAGUCAUCCUUUUUUGUAAGUCUAAGUAUAUCCAUUUGAGCUUUCCGUGAACACAAUAUGAUGGCUGUUUUCUCCUUAUAAGUAAAUCGCUGAAAUAUAUGUCUGAAAGGAUUUAUUGAGGAAGCUGAGUUGACAAUUUUGUUGCUAGACACACUGUGGUGAAGAGUCAGUAAGAGACCGGCGAUACAAGGGAUCCACCUCACAGUAAAACGUUGUUUUCUGCUGUCACUCUGAAGUGCUUGUGUAUUACAUACGUGUUUUAUGAGCAUACACGCACCGAAAGGCGUGGAGUACUACUGGCAAAUUGGGACGUAUUACCAGAAGAUUGUGACGUAAUACCUGGAAAGUGUGACGCACUACCGGAAAGAACAAAGCGGUACAUGAUUGUGGAUGGCUUUUUUUAAUGGUGGGGAAGAGUUUUAUGGCAAAUUUUGGGCCUGAGGCCACUUGUGGCGAAUUCUUUUCCUGCCUUCCGCAAAGUACAAUUCAAUGUACAAUGAAGAUGUUUCUUGCUUUUAUGUAGUUUUGCUCUACAAGGUGUCCAUUCUGAAACGGCGAAUUUCAGAAUUCAGUGACGUUAUAAGUUUUUUUGUAAAACUUUUCCAACAGACUACUGAUGACUCAGUAGCUUGAAAUUAUUCAUAUAUGUCGAGAAAUUAAAAUUUCUGUGUUUUUACGUGUUCAUGAAUGGCGUUGUGUCCUUCGGUUAUCAGUGGUUGUGUGAACUGAUAUGCCGGCAAUUUACAGCGACCAAGCAAUUGAUAGAACUUCUAAUGAGCUGAUGUCAUUGCAUGCUUGUAUCUAAUAUAUACACCUGAUUUCAAGAUACUUUAGCACUGUUAUAUCAAUACUAUAUCAUCUGACUCCACCUUUCGAUUUUACCUUCCAGGAAUUUGUUUAUGGCAUAUUUGUGUUCUAAAAACUGGACCAAACUGUGACUGUGCAUUGCAAUUAAAGACCCUGAAAAACUCAUUAUGUAAACUUUGAAAUACGUGUCAUUAAUGAGUCUAGUUGAUCUUUUAGCAAUGCUUCCUUCAUCAUUCCA